AUGAGCCAACACUUCUCCAGAUUUGGAGAUGGGAAUUUCAGUUCUUCUUCUGCCCACUGUGGCACGCUGGGUGGCGGGAGAAGUUCAUUUGCCACAAGCCUUUAUGAAGGCAAUAGAGGAGAAGGAAGAUACAGUGGUUACGGGUACGGUUAUGGCAGCAGGAGUCUCUACAACCUUGGUGGGUUUAGGAAUCUUUCUACUGGUGGAGGCUACGGAGGAGAAGGAAUAGGAGGCAUCGAGGAGGUCCAUGUCAAUACCAACCUGCUGAGGCCAAUACCAAUACAAGUUGACCUCGAGUUCCAGAGGGUGCGGACAGAUGAGAAAGAGCAGAUUAAGGCUCUCAACAACAAAUUUGCAUCAUUCAUCGAUAAGGUUCAAUGUCUUGAGCGGCAGAACCAGGCUCUGAUGGCCAAAUGGGAACUUCUGCAGCAGCAAAGUACCCGACCGGAGGAGAGCAGAAAUAUCACCUCUUUCUUCCAAUCUUAUAUCAGCAACCUGCAGAGGCAGCUAGAGACACUCCAGAACCACAAGGAGCAGCUGGAUCCGGAAGCGUAUAACAUGCUUCAGCUUGUUGAAGAUUAUAAAAAGAGAUUCGAGGAUGAGAUCAACAAGCGUGCGUCUAAGGAAGAGGAGUUUGUGGAGCUUAAAAAGGAACUGGACAGCGCCUACAUGGGAAAAAUGGAGAUUGAUGUUCGGGUGGAAAUACUGAGGCAGGAGCUUGAGUUCCUCAGAUGCUUACAUGAAGCUGAGCUGUCCCAGCUGCAAACAGUAGUUGGCAACACCAGUGUCAUUCUGUCCAUGGACAACCACAGAGAACUGAACAUGGAUGGCGUCAUUGAAGAAGUCAGGCAGGAGUAUGAGACAAUUGCUCAGAGAAGCAAAGCUGAAGUAGAUGCCAUGUAUCAGGGCAGGUACCAGGACCUUCAGAACAUGUGGGUAAAUCAACGUGAGCAACUGAGGAACAGCUAUCAGGAAAUCCAGGAACUUACCAGGCAGAUCCAAAGACUACAGCCAGAAAUUGAAAUUGCAAGGAAAAAGAACACCAGCCUCCAAGAGACCAUUAAAGAUGCUGAGCAGCGCGGGAGCUCCGCCAUCAAAGACGGCCAGCAAAAGCUUCAAGAGUUGGAAAAUGCCCUGCAGCAGGCCAAGGAUGAUCUCACCCGCCUUCUUCACGAUUAUCAGGAACUCCUGAAUGUGAAAUUGGCCCUGGAUAUUGAAAUCGCCAUGUACAGGUCACUCCUUGAGGAGGAGGAGACCAGGUAG